AUGUAUGUCCUCUGUAAAUUAUUAUACAUUACCGUCUUUGCCCUCUUAUCUGCCGCACAGUCCUAUUUGCCACUGUACUAUCACGAUGUCAUCAAGUUUUCCUCGGAUCAAAUAGGCUUCGUCAUUGCCAUUGCACCCUGUAUCCAGUCUAUCGCAUGUCCCAUCUGGACCUACUUGGCCGAUAAGCGGCCUAAGCUACAUGGUAUCACCAUGGCACUCACCAGCUUUGUCGGUGGAAUCGCAGUCAUGGGGAUCAUGGGAGUCGGCCACUAUGUACAAAACAAUAGCCAGCAGGAGGAAACCACCUUGCGCAGUAUCUCUACCAGCAGCGACGGCAACGGCAACAAUGGGAACGUUAUGCUUCUCAUUUGUGCAUUUGCAAUAGCAUUUGCCUUCUUUUCCCUCCCCAACACAUCCAUGGUGGACAGUGCUGUCAUGAAGAUUCUCGGGCCCAACAAAAUCCUAUAUGGCGAACAGCGAUUAUGGGGCUCUAUUUCGACUGGAUUGACCAUCCUGGCUGUAGGCAUGCUCAUCUCUGCUACAAACAACCUGGACAGUCUGUUCUGGGUGUUUGCUGGAUCGACGGUCUGCUUCAUGGUCUGUUCUGCAUUUGUUAAUGUGCAGGCACCCACUGGGGGCCCUGUACUACCACCUAGAGAUGAAGAGGAAACAAGCAGACUGGUACCACCCAAUACGGACACUACCUAUUAUGUUGACCUCCGCAAGGAGCUUUCGCAGCACGAUGUAGAUACUGACGAUGACGAAGACGAAGCAAGCUACCUCACUGCACCACACUACAAUCAGCGUCUGCUCAAGCUCACAACGACGACAUCCAUGGCCAGAACCUUGCGUGAAGAAGCCAACGAUGCGAUCGACUCAAUAUCGGGUCUCAACUUGGGUCUCGCUGUCUCCCGGGUAAUGUCCGUCGAGCAUGCCAUGACCGGCAUCUUGGAGGAAUCAGCGUCUAUUCAAGCACCUUCUGGUUCAAUGUUCAAAUCAGUUCGUGUGAUGACGUUCCUCGCCACAACUCUGCUUUUUGGUCUUGUCCUGUCUAUCUGCAUCAAUUUCCUCUUUAUCUUCUUCAACCAAAGUCUACAUAUGCCUGCGUCGUGGAUGGGAUGGACCGGCCCGAUCGGAGCUAUUACCGAACUGCUAUGUUUCUGCUUUGCUAAGCAGAUGACUGAACUCUGGGGCGUGACCAAUUUGAUUAUCGGCGCCCAUGUUGUCACCAUCAUUCGAUGUAUCGCAUACACUUUACUCGUACCAGACUCUGUUUUCAGUCACUGCGCAGGCUUGCUAUUACAAACGAUGCACGGGAUCGGUUUUGCCGUGUUUUGGGCUACAGCUGUCAGCGAGAUGGACAGUUUGUUCCCACCCGAGCAACGCGCUGUCGCUCAGGGUUUGCUUGGUGGAUUGAACCAGGGGCUCGGCAUGGGUCUGGGCGCACUGAUUGGCGGCUACAUUGAUGCCUAUCUAGGCACCAUCUGGAUGUUCCGCAGUGCAGCAUUGCUCUGUGUGCUGAGCGCUGUGAUCUUUUGUAUUGGACGACUUCCCCGUUUUGAGACCUAA